UGUUACACAAGUAAUUUUUUUCCUCCCUUUGCUUGGGUGGGGUUCUCUCUUUGCAUUCCUUUCUUGUUUCUUGAUUCUACCUCUUUUUCAUUUCUUUAUCGGAUUAUCAGAUUCCCCACCAGCAUUUCUUGCUCCUUUCUUCAACCUAUAUUCCAUGUUAUUGGGUUUGUCUGGUCUGGUUGGAUCACAAGGAUCUCUCGUUGUCUUUCUAUUAUCUGAGGAGACAGACAGAGAGAGAGGAGGGGAGAGGUGGGGCUUACUUUCUGAACCUUUUCUUUUGGGGCUCGAAAGUCGAAUCUUGGGACACGGUGGAAGAAGGUGAGAUUUCGGAGGCUCGUUUCCGUAGGUUCAGAUCGGCUCGGGUGCCUGGCAUAGUGGGUUUCUUGUUGAUUUCGGCGUUUCUUCUGGUAAUCCUGAACUAAGUUUGGUUCAUCUCGGUGGAAGGUUGUGAGUUGGGAUAGAUUUUUCAUUUCUUUUGGUUACUGAAAUUGGCCUUAUAUGUUCUUUGUUUCUGUUCGAUUUGGGGCGUUGUGUGGAUAAUUGGAUGCUGGGUUGUCACUUCUGGUUGUUGGCCUGUAUCUUCGGAGUUGAUUUUGGCUGCUCUUUAAGUUUAUUCAUCAUAUUCAAUUGCUUUCUUUGCUAUCGUUGGGUGAAUUUAGAUGAUUUGAAUUGGGCUUGAUUCUACCGGAAUUCUGUAGUGAUCUCAAUAUCUUCAAACAUGGCGGGAAUAGAUAUUUCUAAAUACGCUCACAGUCCUGUUCAUAAGGCUGUAGCUACGAGGGAUUACACUGCUCUUAAGAGGAUACUUUCCGGUCUCCCCCGUCUGUGCAACCCCGAUGAGAUUCGAACUGAGGCAGCUUCAUUUGCAGAGGAAGCGAAGGCCGAUGCCAUCUCUGCUGUUAUUGACCGUAGGGAUGUCCCUAACCGAGAGACCCCACUCCACCUGGCUGUUAAACUCGGAGAUGAAACUACGAUUGAAAUGCUUAUGGUUGCGGGAGCAGACUGGAGCUUACAGAACGAACAGGGCUGGAGUGCGCUACAGGAAGCGAUCUGCAGAAGGGAAGAAGGAAUCGCCAGGAUUAUAGUUAGGCACUACCAGCCGUUAGCAUGGGCAAAAUGGUGUCGUAGGCUUCCCCGCCUUAUAGGGACUAUGAGGAGGAUGAAGGAUUUUUACAUGGAGAUCACGUUCAACUUUGAGAGCUCGGUAAUUCCUUUCAUAGCAAGGAUUGCACCUUCAGACACCUACAAGAUUUGGAAGAGGGGGGCCAAUUUGAGAGCAGAUAUGACUUUGGCUGGUUUUGAUGGCUUCAAGAUCCAGCGUUCGGAUCAGAGUAUUCUGUUCCUUGGAGAUGGCUCUGAGGAUGGGAAGGUCCCUCCUGGGACUCUCUGCAUGAUUUCACACAAGGAUAAGGAGGUAAUGAAUGCUUUGGAUGGUGCCGGUUCUCAGGCAAGUGAAGAAGAGGUUCAACAGGAAGUGGCUGCAAUGUCUCGGACUAAUAUUUUCAGGCCUGGAAUUGAUGUGACUCAGGCAGUGUUACUGCCACAGUUGACAUGGAGAAGGCAGGAGAAGACAGAUAUGGUUGGCCCUUGGAAGUGUAAGGUGUACGAUAUGCACAAUGUAGUGGUAAGCAUCAAGUCCAGACAGGUUCCUGGAGCAAUGACAGAUGAUGAAUUUUUCAGUUCUUGUAAUGAAAAUGACACAGAGAGCGAAGAGUUUGAGGACCUCUUGACAGAGGAUGAAAAAAGGCAAUUAGAAGUUGCCCUAAAAAUGGAUUCAUCAGAUAUAACAAUUGAAGAUGGUCUUUCUGAUGGGAUCAUUGCCCAUCGGCACAGUUGCUAUGAACCACGUGAGAUCCCUAUUGAAGAUUCUCAUAGUUGUGGCAAUGGUGAGGUUAAGCAGGAGAAGAAAGGGUGGUUUGGUGGCUGGAGAAAGCGGGAUGCCAAACAUGAAGGGCCAAAGAAGAUGACACCACAAAGAAGUUCCCUCUGUGUGGAUGACAAGGUAGGAGAUCUCCUUGGGGAUUCUCCCCCAGGGUAUCAGAACAAACAGGGAAGACACUCCAUAGAGGUUCCUGUAAGGGGGGAUGAACUCCAGAGAGGGAGAGAGACAAAAAGGUCUUCUUCGAGUUCUGAUCAUGGACAUCGACGCAAGGAUAACAACCAUGAGAGUGAGUACAAGAAAGGAUUGCGACCUACUUUGUGGCUUUCUCCCAAUUUCCCACUCCAAACUGAAGAACUGCUACCUUUGCUUGACAUUCUUGCUAACAAGGUCAAGGCAAUCCGUCGUUUAAGAGAAUUACUUACAACAAAACUUCCUCCGGGAACUUUUCCAGUCAAGGUCUCAAUUCCAGUAAUUCCGACAAUCAGAGUGUUGGUCACUUUUACAAAAUUUGAGGAGUUGCAGCCCUUGGAUGAGUUCUGUACACCUCCUUCAAGUCCAAGUGCUGCAGGGCGAGAAAGUCCUGCAACAAUGCAGUCCUCAAGUUCAUCAUGGCUUCAAUGGUUAUACCACCGUAAUAAUUCUUCCAUGAGUUCUGGCCCCAGUAGUCGGGUAGAGGAUAUUCAAGACCCAUUUGUGAUACCUACAGAUUAUACUUGGACCACAGUUGAAGAAAAGAAAAAGAAAAUGCAGGCAAAGAAGAGCAAGUCCAAGAAGGGUAAAGGUCAAAAGCAAUGAAGUUUAUGAUGGAAAUGAAUUAGUAGUGGUUAUACAGUUUGUUGUUAAGCUGGGGUCCUGGAGACUGCCCACAAAGAGACACCAACGAAAAUAUUAUUCCAUAAGGCCAUGAUACUGGGUGCAAAAACAAACGGAGCCUGUGCUUGAGAUUUAGCAAAUGAUUCUUCAAAUUAGCAAUCUGGGGAAGAGCCUCGGAGAACUGUAAUCCAUCUCCCCCAAAUGCUUGUAACCAACACGAAACAUUUGUUUGACCCUUUUUUAUACAUUCUUCUGGUGGCUGUGUAUAUCAUUUGUAUCACUUCAAUCUUUAUCACAUGAUUCACAUCA